AUGUACGUGAGCUACCUCCUGGACAAGGACGUGAGCAUGUAUCCCAGCUCCGUGCGCCACUCUGGCAGCCUCAACCUGGCCCCGCAGAACUUCGUCAGCCCCCCGCAGUACCCGGACUACGGCGGCUACCAUGUGGCGGCCGCGGCCGCCGCCGCCGCCAACCUGGACAGCGCGCAGUCCCCUGGGCCGUCCUGGCCGGCCGCCUACGGCGCCCCGCUCCGAGAGGACUGGAACGGCUACGCGCCGGGGGGCGCGGCGGCCACCGCCAACGCCGUAGCUCACGGCCUCAACGGGGGCUCCCCGGCCGCCGCCAUGGGCUACAGCGGGCCCGCCGACUACCACCCGCACCACCACCCGCACCACCACCCGCACCACCCGGCCGCCGCGCCCUCCUGCGCCUCCGGCCUGCUGCAGACGCUCAACCCCGGCCCCCCCGGGCCGGUCGCCACCGCCGCCGCCGAGCAGCUGUCGCCGGGCGGCCAGCGGCGGAACCUGUGCGAGUGGAUGCGGAAGCCCGCGCAGCCGGCGCUGGGCAGUCAAGUGAAAACCAGGACGAAAGACAAAUAUCGGGUCGUGUACACGGACCACCAGCGUCUGGAGCUGGAGAAGGAGUUUCACUACAGUCGCUACAUCACCAUCCGGAGGAAAGCCGAACUGGCCGCCACGCUGGGGCUCUCGGAGAGGCAGGUUAAAAUUUGGUUUCAGAACCGCAGAGCAAAGGAAAGGAAAAUCAACAAGAAGAAGUUGCAACAGCAGCAGCAACAGCCGCCCCCUCCUUCUGGGCCACAGCCUCCCCAGCCACAGCCAGGGCCACUGAGAAGCGUCCCGGAGCCUCUGAGUCCGGUGUCUUCCCUGCAAGGCUCGGUGCCUGGGGUUCUGGGGCCAGCUGGGGGGGUGUUAAACCCCACUGUCACCCAGUGA